AUGGCUACUCGCAAAGGACCCUUCAGACUCGUUACGGUCAACACGGCCCCUGAGAGAGCGAAGAGGUUGAUCGGUCGUCUUAUCGAUGCUUUGAAGGAGGAGUAUGAUAUUACUCAUGUCGAUAACUGUGAAAAUAUCGAUCAGGUGGUACCCAAGGUGACUGAACACCGCCCGAACGUCCUAUUCUGCGCAUCCAUGUGGACGCCCGAGGAGGCGGAAAAGAUUCAAGCCCUGGCAAGAUCCAUCGUCCCAGAUAUCAAGACACACGCCAUCCCUCAAGGCCUGCAAGUCGAAAAGGGUCCUGAUGCCAUCGUGGAGUAUCUUGUUGAAAAGGUUCCUCCUUUGCUUGACUCGUGA